AUGCCGGAAGGGCUACUUGAUGUACUUGCGCAAGCUAUUGAGAUCUUCGCGUCACACUCAUGGCCCCUCUAUCUCAAGCACAAUCUUUGCAAGCGACGCGCAGUCGUCCAUCUCGACCACCUGCUCUCGCUCUGGCCAAAGCUCUUCUCCAACCAAAACUGUAUCGAUAUCGGAGCUCUACAACGCCUCAUCGAACUCAUGGCGCGGGAUAAGAUGACAGACUGGAAGAUGCGAUACUAUGUGGCGACCGGGCAGGCCAACACCCAAAUUGCGUAUGGUUACUGUCACAGAUACAACAUCCAAGACACAGAGCUGGCGCAGAUUUGCGAUUACGCUCGCCCGUACAGUAGCAUCAAAGUUUUCGCGGAGAUGUACGGCGAAAAUACAGCAUGGGAUUAUGGCGAUGCGACGGGAUGCGUGACGCGUAUGCGCACGCCUGUUACCGAGUUCUGGCCAAAUCUACAUUUUGAUGCGCACAGCUUCGAGAUAAUACAUAUUUACAUCUAG